AUGGCGUGUGUGCAACAAGUGAAGCCUUCACAGUCUACUCAGCUGCUGCCUAAUGAGGUUGCGUCUGAGCAGCAGUCCCUCGUUGUUGUAAAGAGGCUGCUGGCCAUCGCCGUGUCCGGCAUCACAUACCUCCGGGGGAUCUUCCCUGGAAGAGCCUAUGGGAGCAAAUAUGUAGAAGAUCAGCAAGUGAUGAUCCUUAAAGGGGACUGUCCCGGUGCCUCUCAGAUACUUCAGUGGAUGCAGGGAUGCUUCGAUGCCAUCCAGAAGAAAUAUCUACGGACAGUUAUCAUGUCGAUUUAUACUGACCCAGAACACCCCAAGAAGGUGACAGAGUAUUACCAGUUUAGGAUCCAGUACACCCCAAAAGGUGCACAGAUGGAGUUUGAAAGCAAAAAUAACCAAAAGGUUUCCACGAUGUCGUGUGGAAACACUAAGAAAGCCAGCAUCCUGCUGGUGAGGAAGCUCUACACCUUGAUGCAGAAUCUAGGUCCUCUGCCAGAGAAUGUCUGCCUGAACAUGAAGCUGGCUUACUACGAUGAUGUGCGUAGCUACAGAUACCUAAGCCCUGAGCCAUAG